CGACGCUGACCAGAAGAAACCGUGAGUCGAACUUUCCCUCCGCCGUCCCUUCCACGAGCUUUACCGGCCCUUGCUACCGACGGUGCUUCUCAAGGCCAUCUGGCCAUCGGGCUCUUUACUGUUCAUUUAACAGAAGGACUAAACUUCUUUGAUCUUAUGUUUGCCACAUCUCUGUUUUUGGAGUCGGGCACCUUUUUCUGUUCGUCCUGUUCCAUCGUCGAUUACUUACUUUGGACUAUGCAAUCGAUUCGUCUUGAGCUGAAUCUGCGCAGAGCAAUCCGGUCCAAAGAGCUUCUAGCACUUGCAAUCGAUCCUCGUUCGAAUUCUAGCCGUCCUUCUUGAUCGCGCCGACCUGCAUAGACCGUCCUCCGGUAUGGAAUUCGCCGUUUCGCUUGUCUCUUCACUUGUCGUAGAAGGCGGAAAGUUUGUUCUCCAUUCCAUCACUUCCAAGAUGAGGAGGUGCUGGCGUGGAGAAACGAUUGGAGAUGCCACUGAUCCUCCUGUAAGGGUGGCUGAGCAUAUUCCCUGCCCUUCGAUCAGAGACCACACGACUUCAUCGGAAACGAUGGCUCGUGUUCUGGAAUUAUUACGCGAAGAUGAAGUGCGGCGAGUCGGAAUAUGGGGGAUGGGAGGAGUGGGAAAGAGCUACCUGGUAAAGAACCUAAACAACAAGCUCAGCAGCACUUCGUCGUCGUCGCGGCAGCCUUUCAGCUUGGUUAUCUGGGCGACGGUUUCGAAAACUACCUCGUUGUCGCAGCUGGAUGUGAAGAAUCUGCAGAACAAGAUAGCCAAUCGGUUGAACUUGAAGGAGGAGAAAACCAUGGAAGGGACAGCCAUACAGAUUUGGCAAAGGCUUAUGAGGGAAAAAUUUCUUCUCAUUCUUGACGACGUAUGGGAACACAUCGACUUGGAUCGUGUCGGCAUCCCCCGACCGGAAAACCAUUUGGGGUCUAAGAUCAUACUGACAUCGCGGUCCUUGAAUGUAUGUCGAACAAUGAUGACCGAUGUUGAGGUUAAGGUUGAAGUCUUGACGGAUGAAGAAACGUGGGAAUUAUUUAAGGAACAUGCCGGAGAAGUAGCUGAUUUGCAGAGCAUCAAGCCAUUAGCAGGAACUGUCUGCAAAGCAUGCGGGAAGCUGCCACUGGCUCUCAUCACCGUGGGUUCGGCGAUGAGACGGAAGACGCAGGUUGGCCUGUGGGAGGAUGCUAUAGAUGAGUUGAGAAUGUCGAGACCUUCUAUUCACGGUAUAGAGCCCAACUUGUACAGCUCACUGAAAUUGAGCUACGACUCGCUACAGAACGAAAAACUCAAAUCUUGCUUUCUGUAUUGCUGCCUGUAUCCGGAGGACCACUCCAUUCUCAUAAGCGAACUGGCCGAAUGCUGGUGGGCCGAAGGUCUGAUCGGCGAACAACUUGCCUAGCAUGCUGCGCUAAACAGGGGAAUCGCCUUGAUCGAGAGCUUGAAAGACUCGUGUUUGCUGGAGACCGGCGAUUCCGACAAUAGCAUAAAGAUGCACGGCGUGGUUCGCGACGUUGCGAUUUGGAUCGUGACAUGCGCAGGUCCAGAGUCCAAGUUUCUCGUUCGAGCUAAUGUCAGAGUGAUCAGACUUUCGGAGGUCGAGUUGCAAAGAAACCUGGAAAGGGUUUCUCUGAUGAGGAACAGCAUAAAGGAGUUGUCUGAUCAGGAGAUAGAGUGUCCUAAAGUGAUAUCUAUGUUCCUUCAAUACAACCCCUCCCUACAAGAGAUUCCAGAGAACUUUCUGCGAGGAUUCGGAGCUUUGAAAGUAAUGAAUUUGGGAGGAACCCAGAUAAGGUCACUACCCGUUUCUCUCCUCAGCCUACGAGAUCUUCGCGCUCUGCUUCUGAGGAGCUGUAACCAUCUCGAAGAGUUGCCGCCGUUGGGAAGUCUUACCAAUCUCAAUAUACUCGAUCUCCAUGACACGAGUAUCAAGCAAUUGCCGGAAGGGAUGGAUCAACUCACAAACCUGAGGAAGUUGGAUCUGUCGUACACACUCAACUUGGAAUUCGUUCUAGCAGAAACAGUUUCUAAGCUGACUUCCUUGGAAUUCCUAGACAUGACAGAAAGCAGUUACCGCUGGUUCAUCAAGCAAAGACCUCCGCUGCUCUACUUUGAGAUUUACUUGCAAGAGCGCCACACGGAGCAAAGGGCGGCACUGGAGGAUUUACAGUCUUUGCAAAGGUUAUCUGUCCUAUGUCUAUGCUUGCACGAUACAGCGAAGGCGUUUGAACAAUGCGAUGUUUAUUGGAUCCAAAGGCUGAAAACGUUUCGCUGCUCGAUGGGACUGACGCAUUCGCCGCACGACAUACCAAGGCCAAUGGAAAGAGACCUCUCAGGAGACAGUACAGAAUGGUUCAUAUCUCACGCGACUUCUCUAGCCUUCGAUAAUUGUUGCAACCUUCACGAGGUUCUGGAAAACCUCGUCGUAAACCGAGUGGAUUGUUUUGCUAGUAUGAAGAUAUUGACUCUCAAAGAUGCCGUGUUGAACGAAGGAAGCAACGCCAAGUUCGACCUACUACCGAAUUUGGAAGAGCUGUAUCUUGAUAACAUCGGGAAGAUAAAGAGCCUAUCGGUGUUAGCCGAUUGCUUGGGGUUGAGGUUUCCCAAAUUGGAAGCUUUGGUGGUAACUGGGUGCGACAAAUUGGAGAAUCUGUUCUUCUUUGGGGAUCGGAUCACAAGCCUGCCCAAACUGAGCAAAAUCAAGGUAGACACUUGUGUCCAUCUGAAUGAACUCUUCCAAUACGUCCCAGGAAGUGCGAAAGAACAUGCUGCUGUUCCUAACCUGCAGGCGGCACAUUUGAGCGGGCUGCCCCGAUUACAGCGCCUCUGCAGGAGAGAGGAGUCGUGGCAGAGGCUCGAGCAACUCGAGGUCACGCGCUGCCCUUCGCUCAAGAAGUUGCCAUUCAGGACCGUGAAUGGCAACUCGAUAAAGGAGAUUAGAGGUGAUGCACAUUGGUGGAGCGAAGUUCAUUGGGAUACUGAUGAUAUCAAGUUGUACUUCGACCGGCAUUUCAAAGAGAUGCUUGCGAACCUUGGCGUGUGAAUUGGUCGGACAAAGGUCGGCAUCUCAUGUUCAUUUGUACCAGAAAACUGCUGACUGAU